AUGCAAUUGCCCUAUCCAGAAGGCGUGUCUCUUGAUACCUUGGCUGUGUUGGUAGAGUGCGCAGAUGUUGGUCCUCUUCUGGCCCAUGUGUCUCCCAUGGAAACCACAUUGUCGGCUAUAGGAACCAACUGUGAUGCAACUGAGGAAUCUCAGAUAGAGUGCAUAUUCAGCAUCAAUCUGGGUAGUCCGUAUCUGUCGACACCGGGCUCUGAUAGCCCCAAAUUGGGUGCACUGGUCGCUCCACAUCUCAGUGGUAAUCUCAGUCCGUUCCCCUUUGCAGCCGCUACGCAACACGCCGCCCAGCUGAAUCUGGCUGCCUUCCGUUCGCCCGCAUUUCUGGGCUCCCAUGGAUUUUCUUUUGGCGGUGGCUUUGGGUAUACAAGAGACUCCACGGGCGGCGGUAACGGCGCCGUGCCAUUUGAUUGUCAGUCCGGCCAAUUGAAUCACCAUCAUCAUCACCAUCCGAGUGCGUUUCGCAACAACAAUAACAAUAGUCCAGUGAAUCUGUUUGUGGGCGCGAGUGGCGGGAAUUGUGUCAGUGGUGGUGUCGUGAGUGCAACAGAUGGUACCGAUCGCGAUGGCAAUUUGAGUGACUACUGCAACUACGACCAUCGUGUACCACCCAAAGAUAUCGACAGUCAAGAUAUUAGCUAUACAAAUUGUGCCUCAAGGGACGAAGACACCCCACAUUACUCCACAAGUCGUGACAACAGUCCCCUACACCCCAAUCUACCGCCGGACAGUCCGGACGGUAUAUCCAAACGUUUAGACACAGAGAGCCCUGUCGAAAGCUCAAGAUCGUACCUUAGCCAAAAAAGUGACGAAAUAGCUGGGUACAAUAGUCCACAAAACGACAGUAUUGGCUCACGUAGUCCAGAAAAUCUCACAGGAAGAAGAAGCUUAGAUUAUCCGUCGGCAGGUCAGAAGAACGUAUCAGAUAUGCUGGAUCAUAAGCUACCACUAAGCUUCCUAGGGCCACCCCUAGCUGCCCUACACUCCAUGACGGAAAUGAAGUCACCCGGCGGUACUACAGUGUCUCAAACAUCUUCGCAGUCCAAUCAAACUGGAGCUGCCAAUCCCCAUGGGAUCGAUAAUAUUCUUUCAAGACCACCGCCAGUCACUAGCGCAGGGCUCAGUGCUUUGACAGGCGGUGCUAUGCCAAGAUUUUCAAUAGCUGCUGCUGCCGCUGGAAUGGCACAAUAUCUGCAGCAGAGUCAGCAGGGGCCACUAAAGGCACAUUCGGGAUCUCUCGUAGAUCGACCCCAUCUCUAUUGGCCAGGGUUGCAAGGCCUUGUUGCUAAUCCUAUGGCCUGGCGGGAUCGAUUAGCUGGUUCAAUGGCAGGAAGUCUCUCCCAGUCACAUCAGCAGCACGACAAAGAUGGCAAGAAGAAACACACGAGGCCUACAUUUAGUGGUCAGCAAAUUUUCGCCCUGGAGAAGACCUUCGAACAGACCAAAUACUUGGCCGGUCCGGAAAGGGCUAAAUUGGCCUACGCCCUGGGAAUGACAGAAUCUCAAGUUAAGGUGUGGUUUCAGAACAGACGGACAAAGUGGCGUAAGAAGCAUGCAGCAGAAAUGGCCACAGCUAAGCGAAAACAGGAAGAACUUGGGGAUGGUGAUGGUGAUUGCAGUGAACCCAUCGAUAGUGAUUCAGAGAGUCUGGACUUGGGUGAGAGUGGUCGAAAGAGAUGUCGUAUGGACGACGACCUGAGGCAAUAGGAAUCCCACUGAAUUCUUUAAGAAAAAUAAAUUUAAAAGAAAGAAAAACCCAACCCGCUCCUCGUUUUUCGCGGCAAAUUGUAAUAUUUUGUGCAAAAAAAGAAAUUCUUCAUAGAUUAGAGAAAACUUGGAAAUUUGUAAAAAAAAUGAUCUUUAGAUUUUACCUAUAACUUUAAAUUGAAUGAAUGAUAUAAUUUAAAGACAGACCCUAGGUGAAUAAAAAAAGGACAUUUAAUAUACAAUGUAGUGUAAAUAUGAAUUGGAUUUACUGAGGACGAAGAAUGCUUUCAAUAGGCAACAGCAUAAGAAACAGAAAAAAAUAUAAAGUUAGUGUUUAGGCGAUAAAGAAAAACUUUAAUCGAAUUUAUUUAACAAGAAAAAAAUCCAAUUUAAAUAAAUAAGAAGCAUUCCCAAUCUCAUUUACCAUUCCAACGUAAUAUUUUUAUAUUAUUGCAAACAAAAAAACAGAACACAGGAGCGAUAAAAAUUUUCCAUUUGCAAAAAUGUAUGGCACAAAUGCAAGAAAACCAGUAAUUUAUAUUUAAGAAAAAUGAGGUGAAAAAUGGAAAUUGUGAUCAUGUCAGAGCGUGAAAAUGUCUCAAAAAAAGGAAAUAAAAAUUUAAAGGCAAAGAAGAAAAAAAA